UCCCGCAGGACGAAAAUAAGCCCCGCCCUAAAUUAUCCUUAGCAGAGAAGCAGUUUCACGCUGAUAUACAUCUGCACAGCAACUUCCCUUUAACAAAAAAUGGAGAAAAAGUCAACUUUAACAUCGCAAUAAUGCGUCAGACGACGCCGUACGGUUACCGGGCAACGGCCGCCCGUGAAGAUCCCGGAUAAGGUUGAGUCACCCGGGCUGACGUCACUCGCGCUCUGAAAAUGGCCGAGUCGGAAGAGGAGGUGGAUGUGUUGGUCCAGAGAGUUGUGAAAGACAUCAAUAACGCCUUCAAAAGGAACCCCAACAUUGAUGAGAUAGGACUCGUUCCCUGUCCGGAGGCAAGGUACAACAGAAGCCCCAUCGUCCUGGUGGCGAAUAAGCUGGGAGUGGAGAGCUGGUGUGUCAAGUUUCUCUUGCCCUACGUGCAUAAUAAACUCCUGCUCUACCGGCAGAGGAAGCAAUGGUUAGACCGGGAAGCACUGGUAGAUAUAACCUGCACGUUGCUUCUCUUAAAUCCAGACUUUACCACUGCUUGGAAUGUCAGGAAAGAGCUCCUGCAGUGUGGUGUGUUAAAUCCUGAGAAGGACCUCUACCUGGGCAAACUAGCCCUGACAAAGCAUCCGAAAAGCCCAGAAACAUGGAUCCACAGGCGAUGGGUGUUGCAGUGGCUACAGAAGGAGUGUUCCCCUUCUGGAUCGGAAGCGAAGGAACCAGCUGAACCCAGGGGAGACGCUGACAGGAGGCAAUGCGAGCGGCUGCAGAGAGCCUUGCAGGAGGAGAUGAGGGUCUGCGGAGAUGCAGCCAGCCGUUACCCCAGCAACUACAAUGCCUGGUCCCAUCGCAUCUGGGUGUUGCAGCAUAUGGCUAAAGGCAAUCUGAAGAUUUUGCACGAUGAGCUGUCCUCCACCAAGCUUUGGGUGUCCAUGCACGUCUCCGAUCACAGCGGCUUCCACUACCGUCAGCACCUGCUGAAAACCCUGGCCGGAGAGCUGAGCCAGGUUGGAGAGAGGGACCAGCAGUCCAACAUAGAGGGCACGGCAACCGUGUCUGACGAUCGUCACCAUAGCGAUGUCAUCCCCCAGCUCUUCCAUGAAGAGAUGGAGCUCUGCACAGACCUCAUCGAGUCGUACCUGGGGCACGAGGCACUGUGGUGCCACAGGCGUCAUGUCUUCUAUUUGUGGCAUCAUUGGAGGAAGGAUCUGGGGGUGCCCUCACAUUCCCCACCUCUUACCCACACUGACGUUCUCCUCAGCGAGGAGACCUGUGACAACGGCAGCGCCUCCCAGGCCAUGGACAUUGACUGCGUUCUAGACGGGGGCAAACACGGAAGUUACACACAGGACAGCAAGCGAUUAAAGCGGGGUCCCCUCUUUCCCUACUCUGGACUUUCCUCCGAGCACACGUUCGUGUCUGGAAUCCUCACAGGCUGCCGAAGCCCCGAGCAAAGCCGCUUUGCCGUUGCCUACAGAAAGUGGCUGGACUCUGUUAUAGGUCAGUAGCGUGAUGAACACUCCGCCCACCAUGAGGUGGGAGAGCUGUGAUAGGUCAAUUUAUUUCUGGCUCCAACAACCCACGUCCUGGUCUCUGAAAUGGCUGGACUCCAUGGCUGGUUUGUAAGAGGCACUCUGCUGGAGUAAAUUCCACCUUGUGAUGAAAACCCAUGACCGGUCUUUUAGUUCAGGUACUGGAUAUCUCAGGUCUGUGUAUUGUCUUAUGGUCCUUACGACUGUUUUCUUUGUGUAUUUUUUGUUUUAUAUCAUUUAAAGUCUUCCACCACAAAUCAAUGACAGGGUGUUCUCAUCAUGCUGUCUGCAGUUUUAUGAUUCCUGACGGGAGUCUUAAAUGCACGCUGUGGUGCGCACUAAAGAGAGCACUUAGAGCCCAAUGUGAUUCUGACCCAGUUUCCCAUCUUUUGUUUAAUUGAGGCCAGACUGGCUCUGAAUCUGAAUCUGUACCGUUCCUCUCUGAAUUUUUAUACUGAAGCAUUGACAUUUUACUACAAAUAUGUAGAUGAUUUGCUACAGUUGGUAAGGUGAGCACAAUCACGAGUCAUUUGCUAAGAAAUGUUAGAGCUGAAGACAGAUCUUUUCAUAAGACUUUUAAAUGAAUCAAACCAAUUACUGCAGAUCAAAACAACAUGCCGAAAUUUUAGGUGAAUAGGCUUUUUGUAUUGUGAUAAAAUAAUAUGACACCUUUAGCGAGAUCAGUCUUUCAUCCCUUCAUGGCCAUUAUUCGUGGAUGUUUAGGAAUAAAUAAAUGCUCCUCAAGCACAUUCAUCAUUCAUUACAGUAACGAAGGGCAAGCGAUCAUAAAUAAAAGUGAAGCAUGUCUCAGCUUUUAAGCACAACUUUAGUUUAGCGUCCCACCAGGUGGUCUCGCAGAUGCAUGGGUUUUCAUGAUGAAAGGAAAUUUCCGAAGCAGGAGUCGUUCUUAUUCUCAGCUUGGCCCAAUCGUGGCUGAAGAAACAACAAGCUGCCAUGUUCAUGGCCAUCUGGUGCAGAAUGGUGCUUUUUCUCUGCACUGGGGAACUGGGUUUACAAAUGCUGCUUUUUGUUUAACACUAUUUUUAAUUAAUAUUUAUGCAAAUAUGGACAGUGAAAUGUUGCUAGCUUCACUCAUGUCAUGAUUUAUGAUAGCUAAAAAGCUAUUAAGACAGUUAUGGUUGACUCACUGUUACUUAUAAUUAUUAACUUGUAAUAAACUUUCAAGUUUUACAGGCUUCA